AUGGCAUCCGCCUGUCUGUCUCGGGCUCUCCGCCCGAGCUCCUCGCUCACGAGUCUUGUGCUUUCCCCGCGUCAUCUCCGCCCUCGCCUCCCCCCUCAUCCUUCUCCCCCUCGCCUGUCUUACUCUCGAUCGCUCAGUCGAAAUGUACAUUCGAGCGAAUUCCAGCCACUUGUCCCUCCUCCACCGAGCUCCCUAGGGAAACCCACACCCGCGAAGACCUACCACCGAACCCGCAAAUGGCUGCGGCGUAUCUUUUACUUGUCAGUCGCGACUGGCGUAGUCUACGCCCUUGAUACCCAAUUCUACGCCUCAUCCCUGACCAGAACUGCACAAACUUUUUCGCUUGGUUUGCUUGUAGCCCUGGACUACAAGAUCAACUUCCGUCCGAACCCUCCCCUGGCAAAUUCCAUCACAGAUGUCCAUGCUCGAAACGCCGAGCGAUUGUCAGACCUUCUACGGCGCAAUGGCGGACUCUACUUGAAGAUUGGCCAAGCCAUUGCAAUGCAGUCCGCUAUCUUACCGCCGGAGUUUCAGAAGAUGUUUUCGCGCAUGUUCGACGAUGCACCCCAGAAUGACUGGAAAGACGUUGACAAGGUCAUUCGGCAGGACUUUGGCAAGUCUGCGGAGGAGGUAUUCGGCGUUUCCUUCAGCGGAGACCCUACGAAGGGAGUAAUGGAGCGUACUGCCAGGGCAAGCGCCAGUGUAGCCCAGGUCCACUGGGCUCGGUUGGCGGAUGGCAGAGAGAUUGCCAUCAAGAUCCAGAAACGAGAGAUCGCCCAGCAAAUAAAAUGGGAUCUAUGGGCUUUCAAAGUUGUGACCUGGAUCUACAGUCGCGUUUUCGAUAUCCCGUUCUACAGCCUUGUACCCUAUGUCAGCGAGCGCCUUUUCCUCGAGACAGAUUUUGAAAACGAAGCCGAUAACUCCGAGAUGAUGGCAAAGUUUGUUGCAGGAGAGCCUCGCCUCCGAGACCGUGUGUACAUUCCCAAAGUUUACCGUGAGCUCAGUUCCAAGCGCGUCAUGACGGCCGAGUGGGUUGAGGGCGUGAGGCUCUGGGAUAAAGACUCCAUAACACGCACAUGGCGCGGAGGCUGGCGGCAAGGCAGCCCAGGUUGUGGCGGAACUCCGCUAGACCUCCCCCAAACCAACAAAUCCCUACCCGCAACGAUGCCUCGAUCCUCAAGCCUCAAUAUUAAGCCGGAACGAGACGAAUGGCGCGGGAGGAAUCGCCGCGGAGGUCUUGGCCUAUCGCUGAAGGAAGUCAUGACAACGAUGGUAGAUCUCUUCUCUGCACAGAUGUUCCUUUGGGGGUUGGUGCACUGCGACCCUCACCCAGGCAACAUUUUCAUCCGCCGCAAGCCCAAUGGCCACUCUGAACUUGUUCUCAUCGAUCAUGGCCUCUAUAUCCACAUGGAACCCGAAUUCCGGCACCAAUACGCACGCUUCUGGAAGGCACUCCUUACUUUCGACAACAAGGCAAUCAGCGACAUCGUCAAAGGCUGGGGCGUUAACAACCCCGACAUCUUCGCCUCUUUGACACUCAUGAAACCCUAUCGCGGUGGGAACCUCUCCACUCAACAGGGCAUCGAGAAACUCAGCAAGUCUGAGCGAGCCCAACUCCACUAUGAAAUGCAACAGGCCAGUCGCAAAGCCGUCCGCGAGAUCCUUGGUGAUGAGAAUAAAUGGCCUCGUCAACUUAUCUUUAUCGGCCGCAAUCUCCGUAUUGUCCAAGGGAACAACCAGUUCCUGGGAUCCCCCGUCAACCGUGUGAAGAUAACGGGGAUGUGGGCGUCACGCGCUCUUGUGGAGUCGCCUGACCUGUCGCUGAGCGAGAAAAUUAGGAACUACGGCCGCCAUCUACUUUUCCGCUUUGUGCUCUUCUCCAGCGAUCUCUUCUUCUACUUCACAAAGGUUCGCCAGUUUCUGCACCUGGGUGGUGGCAUGGAGGAUGAUCUCGAGGCUCAAAUGCAAUCGGUCGCUAAGGAUAUGGGAGUGGAGUUGAAUCACAGCGUUUUUGAGGGAUAA